ACGAAAAGCUUCUUCGCCCGAAGGAAAGAAGAGGCCGGAAUGGCUGAGCGAUCUCCUGCGGUGCGGCUUCUUUGGCCCGUGCAGCCGCCACUGUGAGAUGCCGAGGAGCGAGCAGAGGCUCUACUGCAUGGACUGCAAUCUCGCCAUCUGCAAGCACUGCGCCGCCGACGACCAUGGACACCAUCCCCGUCUCCACAUCCUCAAGUACAAGUGCGACAACGCGGUUCGCGUCCAGGACAUGCGCAGCUACUACAAUUGCUCUGAAAUUAAGUCGUACAUAAUCAACGAGGACAAAGUGGUGCUCAUAAGUCCAAGAUCUCCAUCGGAGACAUCGGAGCAACCCAAGAACUGCCGUUCGUGCGCAGCUUGCGGCGUAUCCAUCCAACGCUCGUCUGAUACGUACUGCUCCAUUGCUUGCAAGGCGUCGUCGGAGCCGGCGGACCAGCAAGAGAAGGCCGCCGACGAGGGCUCUCGGAAAGAAAGCAGCACGAUCACAUUGCACAAUGGAAAGGAGGAGUCGAGCAGCAGCCACGAGAAUGCUGGUAAUGCUCGGAGCGGCGGCGACGAGCCGAGGCGGUCGUUCAGGCCGAGACACCGCCUGUUGAAGAGGAAAGGGAUUCCUCACAGGGCUCCCUUCUUUUGA